AUGGAUUCGGUGGCCCUUCCCAAGCUCAACUGGUCAAGUGACGAAAUAGCAAACGACUUUAGGCUUUUCAAACAACGAUGUAAACUGUACUUCUCGGUGAAAAACAUCAAGAAUGACAAACAGGUCGACCACAUUCUUCUGUUCACCGGAGACGACGGACUCAAGGCCUUCAACUCAUGGACACUAACUGAAGAGGAAGCGAAGGACCCGCAAGUAAUUUUCAAGAAAUUUGAAGCCCACUUGGAGCCAAGAAGUAACUUCAGAGUGCAGAGAUUCUACUUACAAAGAUACAGGCAAGACACAUUGGAAUCAGUCGACAACUAUAUGACUAGAUGCAAACUACAGGCCUUUAAAUGUCGUUUUGGGGAAGCCGAAUUAAAAGAGAGAUUAAUUGAACAAUUAAUCAUUGGGACAAGGAUUCCGGAGUUGCAGAAGGAAUUAUUAGGCAAAGAUGAACAGAUGUCAUUGGAUCAAGCCAUGGAUAUAGCUAGAGUGCAUGAGGCAUCCAUCAACAACAUGGCCCAACUGCAAGGGGUACAGACAACGAAGACUGACAUUCACCAAGUAAGGAAAGAGCAGCCAUGCAAAUACUGUGGACGGCAACACCCACCGAAUCGCUGUCCAGCUUAUGGCAGUGAAUGUGAAAACUGUGGCAUAAGAAACCACUGGAAAGUGAUGUGUAGAAGGAACGCCACACAGCACACACCAUACAGGGGCAGAGCAAGAGGCAACAGUCGAGGCAGAGGUCGUGGUCAGCCUCACACUAGAAGGCCACACAGAGGUAGAAGUAGGUCACGACAAGGACAACGUUCAGUGAAUAGCAUGACAGGUAAUGAUGACCUGGAUUUCGAAACAGCUUUCGAAACACUAACAUUCGAGUCACUUUCAAUUGAUGCUAUACUCAACGACAGAGACACUAGAGACGAGGUUUUCGUGACCCUCAAUAUCAGUCUAGAAGACAGACCACAGCAAGCAGCCACCCUCAAAGCCAAAGUCGACACAGGAGCCCAAGGUAACCUCCUACCCCUGCGCAUAUACCAACGUAUGUACCCAAAUACACUGGACAGCAAUGGGAAGCCCAAUGCAAACUCAACUAAGCAGAGCAGCACCAUACUGAGAGCCUACAACGGCACACGAAUAGCCCAGUAUGGUAAAAUAUCCUUACCCUGCACCUUCAAUGGCCACACAUCUCAAGCAGACUUCUUCAUCUCAGGCGAAGAAGGACCGGCCAUCCUUGGACUCCCUACGUGUAGGCAGCUGAGAGUCGUAACCCUCAAUUGCGAAAUAAAAGACUCACCUCCAAAGCAGAAGGUUGACGGGAAAGAAGACCUAAUAAGAAGCUACCCAGACAGAUUUCAAGGCAUUGGCCAGUUCAAGAAAGAGUGUCAUAUUACAGUCGACCCCUCAGUACCGCCAAUGAUACAUGCGCCAAGAAGAUGCCCCAUCCACCUCAAAGACGAGAUAAAAGCUGAACUCGACGAGAUGGAAAAAAUCAAGGUCAUCGCCAAAGUUACGGAACCAACUGACUGGGUGUCAAGCCUGGCAUACAGCAGGAAAGCUAGCGGCAAGCUCAGGGUAUGCCUGGACCCGAAAGACUUAAACACAGCCAUUAAGAGGCCCCAUUAUAAAACCCCUACCCUUGAGGAGAUAACCCACAAAUUCUCAGGAGCGACAGUAUUCUCCAAACUGGACGCAAGGCAUGGCUAUUGGUCUGUCAAACUCGACGAGGAAUCCAGCAUGCUGACGACCUUUAACAGCCCAUUUGGCCGCUACAGAUUCCUAAGACUCCCCUUUGGAUUGAAUCUGAGCCAAGAUGUGUUCCAAAAGAGUAUGGACAUGAUCCUAGAAAAGUGCCCAGGCACAGUUGGCAUAGCAGACGACAUCGCGGUAUUCGGCAAAAAUAAAAAGGAGCAUGACAACAACUUGAUCAACCUCAUGGAGGCCGCCCAACAAAGCGGCCUGGUAUUCAACCCUGGGAAAUGCGAAAUCAAGACCGACCAGAUCAAAUUCUUUGGACUUGUAUUCGAUGCAGAAGGUGUCCACGCCGACCCAGACAAGGUAAAGGCCAUCAGGGAAAUAGGAUACCCAAGCGACGCCAAACAGCUCCAAGAAUUCUUAGGCAUCGCAACAUACAUGGGACCAUUUAUUCCCCACCUUUCCCAGAUAACCGCACCACUCAGGGAACUGAUCAAGAAGGACGUGGAAUACAAGUGGUCAGAGUCCCACCAAUCGUCGUUCAACAAGAUCAAAGAGACCAUCUGCAAGAAAGUAACGCUGACUUACUUCAACCCCACACUGGACUCCACUCUCAGAGUGGACGCUUCCAUGAAAGGUCUCGGAGCAGUCCUGCUGCAAAACGAAAAGCCGAUAGCAUUCGCCUCAAAAUCUCUAAGCGAGACAGAGCAAAGGUACGCAAACAUAGAGAGGGAGAUGCUCGCUGUUGUAUUCGGGUGUGAACGCUUCCAUACAUAUUUAUACGGGAAACAGUUCAUCGUGGAAACAGACCACAAACCAUUGGAGAUGAUCCACCUCAAAAACCUGUCAGCAGCCCCCCAACGACUUCAAAGAAUGCUACUACGGGUACAGCCUUACGACGUGACCAUCAAAUACAGACCGGGAAGUAUGAUGGAGGUGGCAGACGCCCUCUCCCGAUCACCCGGCAAGACCAGCAAGACAAUCGACUUGGACAUCCGUGUAGACCUGACACAGUUCUCCGACAAAAAGAUACAGUCCCUAAAAGAAGAGACCAGUAAGGACGCUACACUACAAGCUCUAAAAGAGAUCAUCUUGGAAGGCUGGCCUGAAAGACCAAAGCAACUACCAGCCCCCAUCAGGCCCUACUGGGCAUACAGGGACGAACUAUCCAUUGAGGAUGGAUUACUGCUGAAGGGGGAUUGUGUCAUCAUCCCAACAAGUAUGAAGCAAGAGAUACUAGGAAAACUACACGAAGCACAUCAGGGGAUAGAAAAGACCAAACUCAGAGCGAAGACAUGUGUCUUUUGGUGCGGCAUCGGGACCGACAUUGAAAACAUGGUAAAAAGCUGCCAUGUGUGCCAAGAGUUCCAGAAAUGCCAACCUGCAGAACCCCUGCUCCAACAUGAACUUCCCACACGACCGUGGCAAGUGCUGGGAACCGAUCUAUUUUACAUGGAGGGAGAAGAAUACAUCAUAGUAAGUGACUACUAUUCUAAAUUUCCCAUAAUCAGGAAGAUGUCCGGAGGCAGCAGAGGUACCAUCUCAACACUGAAAGCCAUAUUUGCAGAACAAGGCAUACCAGAGAAAGUCAUUAGCGACAACGGGCCACAUUUUUCAGCUGAACGAUUUCAAGAAUUUGCCAAAGCCUGGGGAUUUACCCAUAUAACAUCCAGCCCACACUAUCCCCAGUCGAACGGCUUCAUAGAGCGGCAAAUCCAAACAACAAAACGAACACUGCAAAAAGCCAAGCUCUCCAACAUCGACCCCAACAUGGCUAUGCUCAUAUUACGUGCAACCCCAAUCGAUCAUAACCUUCCAUCACCAGCUGAACUCCUAAACACCCGGAAAAUGAAAUCGAACUUACCAAUGAGGGUCAAAAACCACAACACCAUGCGGGAAGACGUUAGACGCCAUCUAGAAGAACGACAACUUCAGCAAAAGGAACACUUUGACAACAGGGCAGGUGAGGAGCUUCCGCCACUUAUCCCUAACCAGCCUAUCAGUGUCAGAGACCAACAAUCUGGAAGGUGGAAGAAUGCCACUAUAGUAGGAAAAUCACCAGAGCCAAGGUCAUACAUAGUGGAAACCACAGAAGGCUCCAUCCUACGUCGCAAUCGACGUGAUCUCAGGGAGAUCACUGAGGAAAAGAGAAACACCAGCGCUGCCCCACUCGAACCACUGAGACAGGGAAACCAAUCUACCUCGCCCCACCAAAACCAGCGGCGGGUCUCCUUCAACCCUAAGGACAACAAACCAUCAACCAACAAACAGCUAGACAAGUUCGAGAAGCGCCCAACCACCACAACAUCGCAGGGCCAUUGUGAUCCCAGCUCAGAGACAGUUGUAUGUCGAACAAGAGCCGGAAGAGAAGUGCGACGACCAAAGCACUUGAAUGAGUGA